AUGCUACUCUUGACUCUUCUGGGAUUACUACUCAAGAUAAUCCAUGCCGUUCCAGAAGCAUUCCCACCUUAUCUGCCGGUCCAGUCUGCAUUCAUUCCCGAAGACAUUGGCUUGGUAGAAGAGCCCGAUGACCUCAAGACGACACCAACGCCUGCCUCGUUUACCUUCUGCCCUCCGGUCAAUCACAUCCCGCACAACUUCCCGUACGUCGGGCCCGAUUACAGAUGGUCGAACAAGACAGUCUUGGACAUCCUCGGCUCCCUGGAGCAAACCCAAGCGUUCGCCGAUUCCCUGAGACCUUUCCAGGACUUGGCUUCACGGCUGAGCGACCCGGGUCUGAACAGCACCGUCUGGGCCGUCGCCGACUCAGCGGCCCUGCCAGCAGGGUGUCAAAGCCACCAGGCGCUCCAUGAUUGCCUGGCGAACCACAUCUCGCCGCACUGGGUGCCGACGAUCCGGGAGCUGUCCAUGCCCAACACGCCCACGCUCUUGCGGCCCAGGACAUUGAACGGAGACGCACGGAUCCACAUCAGCGUGUCGUCCUUGUCCGAGACUGCUACGGUGGGUGCCGCCCUCAUGGUCAAUAGGUACUCUCGAGUCAUUGAACACGACAUCAUGGCCCGCAACGGCGUCGUCCAUGUCGUGGACGCAUACUUACCCUUGCUGCAGCCAAUGACCUCUUUUAUCGACUCCUCCCUUGCGCCAGAUCAACGUGGUUGUCACCUGAACCUGAUCCGAAAAGCUGUCCAGCACGCCGAGUUCGCGGCACAUCUGGAGCAAGCAAAAUUGCACGGAGCGACCUUCUUUGCGCCCGACGAUGCUGCCUUUGGCCAACUCGAUCCGCGAUAUCUGGACUUCUUGUUCAGCGAACAGGGCAAGGGUGUUCUGAAGACAAUGCUUCAGGGACAUUUGGUGCCGAAUAGAACCUUGUUCUCCAACGCCUUCUACGAUGACGAGGGGACAAGCGGAAGAGUAUCUGGUGGCUCAGUGGAGACGUACGAAGCCAGAGCUGUGGCCGGGUCAGAUGCAGACUCGGAUCAACAAGCGGCAGUGGCGGGUUCAAAGAAGCACCAGGGGUGGUACGAGUAUGAGCUGACCCCCAAUCCCGAGUCUGAUCAUUCCACCCAGUCCGAAAGUGGCUGCUACAAGGUUCCCUGGGGUCGUCGACAGUUCUGUCUCCCUACCUUACGACCAGGCAUGGAGCUGACGUUCGACGUCGCCCGCGCCGGAGGCUUCAUCAAAAUGUCCGUCAGAAGCAAUAGGGCCACCAGGGUUCGUGUCAAAGCCGCCGACUUUCUGUGCAGUGACGGAAUCGUCCAUAUCGUGGAUAAAGUGUUCCUGUUUCCUUGA